CAGUUCUCAACCCCUCUCCCUCGCCCCCGAUGUCCAACAUGCCAAUGACAUUGUCCCAAUCUCACGGCUCCUUCGCGUUCGUCUCUGCAUGCCCUCUUCGACACCAUACCAAUAGACCAUACUCACUGCACCGAAGAACCAGCAGCACCAAAACCCAAGUGUCCUGCCAGCUGAACAAUGCCGGCCAAGAUGACAAAAGCUCGUCACGCCUCAUCAUGGACCGGCGAGACGCGCUUGUUGCCCUCGGUGGGCUUUACGGAGUCACUGGCGGCAUGCCGGCACUUGCUGACCCACUCCUGCCACCCGACCUAUCUAACAAUGCAUGUAAGAGAUCAACCGACUCAAACAUGGACCCUAAUUCUGAUCUGCUAAAAUGCUGCCCACCAUACCAAGGCACUCCUGUGAAGAUCACUGAUUACAAGUUCCCGAAGACAUCCCUGCGUGUGCGUCGGCCGGCGCAUCUGGUAGCUGACGAUCCGGAGUACGUUAAUAAUUAUAAGAAGGCCAUUCAGAUGAUGAAGGAUCUAGACGAAAAUGAUCCUUGGAAUUUCUACCAGCAGGCCAAGAUCCACUGUGCUUACUGCAACGACGCUUAUGACCAGAUAGGGCACAGUGGCGUCCCUCUCCAGGUGCACCAUACUUGGAUCUUCUUGCCGUGGCACCGUUACUACCUCCACUUCUACGAGCGCAUACUUGGGAAGCUCAUUGGGGACGAAACCUUUGCGUUGCCUUACUGGAACUUUGACAACCCAGAUGGCAUGGCCAUGCCUUACAUUUUCCUUGAGGAGAAGUCGCCGUUGUAUAACCCAAACCGUAACCAAGACCACGUCCACCCAAAUGCCUUGGUGGACUUCAAGUAUGCGUAUGAUGAUGACAAAAGACCGGUGGGAGAACAGCUUAUCGAAGAGAACCUGCAGUACAUGAAGAUGACCUUCAAGAACGGGGAGCCCCUGCCCGAGUUGUUCAUGGGGGAUCCUGUGAGAGCCGGGGAGAAAGUUAAUGAUGACGGAAGAGCUUCCGGGGUUUUGGAGGGGAUCCAUAACUCGGUUCACCAGUGGUCCGGCUUGAAGGAGAAACCCUACUUCGACUUGGGGAGCUUUGCCACCGCUGGCCGUGAUUGCCUCUUCUACUCCCUGCACGCCAACGUCGACAGGUUGUGGGAUUUGUUCCGGAACAGGAGAGGCAAUCGCAUCGAGUUCAAUGAUCGUGAUUGGCUGAAUUCCACCUUUGUCUUCUACGACGAGAACAGGCAGAUUGUCAGAGUCAAGGUGAAAGACUGCCUCGACCAGUCCAAGUUAUGCUACACAUACGAGCCGUCCCCGGCUCCAUGGCUUGCUGCAGUGCCCAAAAGAAAGCUAAAGACCGAGACCAAGACCACUGGCCCAACAGUUCAAGUUGAGGAGUUCGGACCUACGCCGAAGAAGCUCGACAAGCCUAUCCUAGCACUAGUGCAGAGACCGCAGAAGAGCCGGAGCAAGGCCGAGAAAGAGGACAAGUCUGAGGUCCUAACCAUAGAGGGCAUCCAAGUCGCCAGCGGCGCAGCUGCGCGUUUCGAUGUGUACAUUAUCGUUCCUGCUGCUAAUGACGGCGUCUACACCGAUGACAGUGGUUACUUCGUCGGCAGCUACGUGACGCUGCCCGAGACGGCAGGCAAGGAGAAGAAGGCGCGACUCUCACUGGGGAUCACUUACGCUGUGGAAGACGUUGAUGCCGAGAACUCCAAGAACAUCGUGGUCAGACUCGUGCCGCGGUUCGGCGAUGUCACCGUUGGUGCCGUUGGUAUUCAGCUCAAACAGAAUGAUCUUUUCUCUCUUUAGAGAUUUAUGACUUGACUAAAGAACAUGGCAGAGGGUUUUAUGGUAUUAGCAAAAGAUGCAUAAAGUCUGAGUAGUGCAUGUACUACAGUGUUUCACAACGUGAAUGUGCUUACAAUCUGCAUGUGUCUAUCACCUGCAUUAUUAAUUAAUGGACUUGCUUGGUUAC